AUGUCUGUCGUGAAGCACCUCCCAUCGACGCUCAAGCAAUUAUUGGCGUUGCGGAAUCCUGGAACUCCGCCGAGCCAGUCGCUGCCUCGCCUCCAUGAACUAUUCAAAAGGACAAUGCGCGACGCUGCAUCGCGAAAUGCAGAGACGGGUUGGCUUGUCCUGACGACAUGCUCACUACUUACUGCUAAUCAACCCUCGGCAGUAGGGCACCUCUAUCGCUUCAUUACUAGAAGUGACCCCAACAACCCAAGCACUCGAGGGGAUAUCAGAGAAGCUGUUAACAAGGCCGCUUUAAUGCGAGAGUCAGCGUUGAAAAGCGUUAUUUUUGUUGGAGUACCGCGAGUCAUCCUUACCCUCUCCGCCCUGUCUGAGGCCCUGGACGACGACGUAAGGAAUUCGCUGCGGACACAGUCAAUAAGGACGGCUACGCCCGAGAAUGUUGACGCGACAGUUAGACGGGGUAAGGCCCUGUGGGACAACAUCUAUGCACCUCACGCCGAUAAACUCCAUGCGAAACUAGGAUCCUAUCAUCCGGACUUCAUUUCGUUCAUCAUCCAGAGCUAUGGCUCGAUCUUGGCUCCCUUCCCCGGCAAGACCAAGGCGUACAAAGAUACGAGUGACGUCGACGACCCCGACCAAGGAAAUCUCAGCCGAGCACAAGGUUCUGUUGUCGGCGUUGCAUGUCUUCGCGCCGAGGGUGGAGUGGGUCCUCAACUGACCAGCCAUGUCUUCGGCCUCCUGAAGGCUCGCAACGUGGACGGCCUGAACAGGGAAGACUUAUGGUUGGCUAGUGAUGAAGGAACUGAAUGGGUCGUCCGUACCGUGGAUGAAAUUCUCGAUGUUGUGUCAUCAGAUGUGAUGGCGGCUGCGUCGAAGGUGAAAUUGUAA